GUGCUAGCUGGAGGCGGCAGCCGUGAGGGCAUAUAAGAGCGUCCAGUCGAGACCAUAGUCCCCUCUUUUCUGAGACACGCAUCACUUCUUCCCUCCUCGUUCCUGAACAUCUUCUGACACUACACACUCUUUUAUACCGUCAUUCUUUCACAUCAUGAAGCUUUCUCUCACUCUCCUCGGCCUUGCCAUGGCCUGCCUUGCUGGCGUCAAGGCUGACGACAGCACUAGCAUACUCACCGCCGAUGAGCGUAUCAUGCUCGCCGUCGCUUCCACCAACCAGACUGGUGGUCCUUCACCUUACGACUGGCCUGACGCAGCCCCCGCUACUCCCGAAGUCGCCACCAACACCUCCGACACUACCGUCGACGUUGUGAGUUCCAGAUCAGAGGGCGAGAGCAGCAAGCGCUCCUACAAGUCAGCAUACAAUCUGGGCAACAUCAUCACAAAGCGACACGACUACGUCACCCUCACCGACGGUACCGAUCCUCGCUAUCAGAACGCAGCUCUGCAAGCUCCUUCUUACUUGACUUACAAGGUCAUCUCCAACACCACUUCCUACGCAACUGCCAAGAAGGCCUGCUUGGCCUACUGCUCUUCAGUCUCGAAGUGCGUUGCUGCCAAUAUGUACAAUGAGAUCGGCAACCCUCUCCUCGAUCAUACCUUCUCAGAAAAGUCUAACCGAAAGUGCGCUCUGUACGGUGAUGUUCCCACCCUGUCUCAAAUGACCAACAAAGGCGGCCAACAGCUGUAUGGACCCAACAGCCCCGCCAACUGCAUUGAGAACUCUGCCGUCUUCUAUCUAGGUGCUGCUGCAGCUCCUACCACUCCUUCCGGUUACACAUUUACAUUUGGCCCCCUCGACGCCGCCACGAGCGCUUCGUUGGCAGUCGGCUACAUGGGAUAUGACUUUAUUACUCAGUACGACCCUAACCAAUGCGCCAAGCUGUGCGAUGCUCGCAAGGCAGACCCUGUUGGUGGCAAGUGCAAGUUCUUCAACAUCUGGAGGGGAGUGGUGAGCGGUAAGCCCACUACCUACACUUGCUCUUACUUCUACCAGGCUACCGAUGCUUCCACUGCUACCAACACGGGCGACGCGGUCAACAAAGUCACCGUGACAUUCUCUCGAGGAUACACUCGUAACAGCACAUAGUGAGCCGCACUCCACUCGCGGUGCGGACUCGCUCCUCCCUCCUCUAGCAAGCGCGGUGCCUCGAUGGCCUGCACUGCAAAAAGGGCAUCAAAAGUGGUUGCAGGUCUUCUCGAUUCGAAUCACAAAGGACACUUCGCAUUCGAGGGCCGCAUCCUCUUGUCAUCAUCUCUCGUGUCGCCCCCUCUUGUAUCUUGCCCACUUUGAAGCUCGGAGCGCGUCCUUGCUUGUCCUUGCUCCUGAAAUAUACCAUGGUCAUUUCCUUGCU